AAUGCUGAGUAAAUCGUUCAUUGACGUCAAGUCAUAAGAACUGCGCUAAAGCAUACAAACAGUUGUUGCAAUCGUUCUAGAAAACUUUUCAAAGAAAAUCAACAGCAGAUUGUACUUUUAUGUUACCCGGAGAAAUCCGUCGGUAUAAACAGUCUAGUUUUCCACUGUUGUCGAUAUUCGACGACACUGGACAGCUUGAACAAAGAAAUCCAAAAUCUCGUUUCCCGAGACUGCCAGAAAAUGGCGGACUAAAGGAAACGAGGCUUCCACACAUCGUGGACAAACAAUCCCUAGUGGCUUCGUCUCAAGAGGAGAGAAAUCUCAUAACGAAGACGAAAUUAGGUCUAACAGCUCACGAUUCUGAGGAACACAGAGAGCGUGCACCAGGUCGUCUGCACCCUAACAAAGGAAAGCGAUCACGUGGUAAUGUUGACAGCGAUCUCGAACAAAGAAUUGGAUUUGUCGGUGGACAAAACUCAAAGCCAUUGUCCAAGCAGAAGUUAAGAAAGAGGCGGAAGCGUGUUCAGAAUGGUGAUGACUUGCUGGACCUUCUGGAUGACGAGGAACUUUCUGGUCUCGAGAAAAUACUUGACUCUGACAGCUCAGACAACAAACGGCCAUGUGCACGCAGACGUCAUAAGUCGCACGUGCGAGAGGGCCCAUACUCUAGCUCGAUUGUUAAAGACAACAGAAGACAAAGGAUAAAGUCAAGUGAUCGAUCUUCUACAAAACCAGUCAAAACUAAAACAUUUUCGGAGGUAAAAGAAGAUUUUAAAAACCCAAAACCGAUCUCGAAAUGGCGAGCUGAUGAUGCAUCUUUAAAAGAGGAAGGAAAACAAAGACAUGUCCUUGCAACAGAGGAAGACCGUGCCCCCAAGCCUAAGGCAGCAAAAACGCUGGAAAAACACCAUGGAUCCAACAGCAGAAAGACGCUACUGCUUCUAAGUUUGCGACGAUUUCCUACAGGCCUGAAGAAAGGCGACAAAAAGAAAGUUAGUCAGUUCACCAAACUGAUAAAUGAUAAAGUGCGAAAGAAGAGCACUGAAAUACUACUAGAACGUAUUUCAGACAACAAAAACAAACGUACAACGGUAAAGGAUGAAGUGAAUGAAAGAAUAUCGUCUGUGCCUACAAAGACAAGAGAAGUAAAUACCACUAAACCUUUGAAUGAGAAGCCAUGCAAAGUUCAGAACAAAGGUAAUGGGCAUGUUAAAAUAUCAACAAUGACAAAUAAAAAGAAAGAAAACAUAAAGAAAACAAACAAUAGUUGCAAAACAUCAUCUGAAAACGAUAUCAAGAAAGUAGAAAAGAAAACCCUAAAAGAAAAAGCAGAAAAUAUUAAAGAAAUUCCUAAAGUAUGUAGAAAAAAGAAGAUUCAAGUAAAAGGAAACGAAAUAGAUUGCAAACUUGCUGAUAACGUUGCCCAGACCAAAAGCAUAAAGUCAAAAUAUAAAGAGAAUGUUACUGAAAAUGGCAGUGAUAUAUAUUCUGCAAAGACCGUGUCUACAUGGACGAAAUCAAAAAGAAACAAGAUCUCAAAGACCCAUUCCGAUACAUUAGGAAAUAAUUCCUCAAAAAUCCAGGCGCGUGAAAGACCUCCAGAUGCACCUAAAUAUGACACUUCAAAAUUGAUAAGACCAAAAGCGACAAAACAUGCCACUCCCGAGACGAGGAGACCUGGCCAAGCCAAACCUGAUACUUCCUUGUCGAAAAGAAAAGCCUUACCAAAACCUGACAACCUUUUGCCGAACAGAAAAACCUUAGAAAAAUCUGCCUCUGAUAGGCUGACAAAAGCACCUGACGAAAAAGCUCCUGAUUCCAAAUUAAACGUCUUUGAAAAACUUGCUACUGAUGUCCCAGGAAGAAAGGUCGCAACAAAGCCAGUCGUGACGGUUUCGGAAAGAGAAUCCUUUGGAGAAACCUCAACUCCUCAAAAAGGGAAAAACGCCUCAGAAAAGCCGGUCGUUCCAUUUUCAGGAAGAAAAGCCUUAAGAAAACCAUCAAUUCCUGAACCGGGAAGGACAACUUUGGCAAAGCUUCCUACUCAUGUCCCGAGAGGACCAUCUCUUACUAAGCAUGCUGUUCCUGUGUCUGUGCAUCAAGCAGAACAGCCAUAG